AUGUCCGACUACUCCUUUAAGACUCUUAAGAAAAAGAUUGAUAAGGUCGAUGCAAUGCUGAAAGAGCUAGAUUCAUCUGACGAAAAAUAUCAGAAGCUACAGAGCAAACGUGAGAAAUAUUAUGAUCAACUAAAAGAAACGCCAGAAUGGGAAACGGAAGGAGCCGCCAUCGAACGCCGAGAGAAUCUCAAGAAACAGGCACGUCAGUUACGUGAGACUGCCAACAGAGCUGAAAAGGCAAGGAAGGCAAAGGAGCACGAUAGAGAAGCUGAAAAAGAAAAAAAGGCAAAGGAGCGAGAGGCCAAACGAUUGGAAAGAGAGCGCCUCGAAAAGGAACGAUUGGAAAGAGAGCGUGAAGAAGAGGAACGUCUCGAAGAGGAAAGGCUUAGGCGCGAGCGUGAAGAGCAGGAACGUCUCGAAAAGGAAAUGCUGGAACGCGAGCGCGAAGAGCAGGAACGUCGUGAAAAGGAAAGACUGGAACAAGAGCGUGAAGACGAGGAACGUCGUGAAAAGGAAAGACUGGAACAAGAGCGUGAAGAAGAAGAACGUCGUGAAAGAGAAAGACUGGAACAAGAGCGUGAAGAAGAGGAACGCCGUGAAAAUGAAAGACUAGAACAAGAGCGUGAAGAAGAGGAACGCCGUGAAAAUGAAAGACUGGAACAAGAGCGUGACGAGCAGGAAAGGAUAGAGGAGCAACGAUCGGAACAAGAACAUCUAGAGCAAGAGCGCUUGGAGGAGGCGCGUGUCGAGCAGGAAAGGUUGGAGCAGGAUCGGUUGGAAAAAGAAAAUGAAGGAAAACAAAAGGAAGAGAGGCUUCGGCAAGAACUUGAAGAGCACGAACGUUUUGAACAAGCGCCAAUAGGGCAAAAGGCUUUGGAAAGUGAAAACGAAGAGAAAGUAAAAGCACAUCACUAUGACGAUUCGCCUGACCGAAGUAGUCCCUCCAGUCCCAGUGGAGGCGGUCCUGGCGAUCCUGUGGAUCAGAGGGCGCUCGUCUCAUCGAAGCCUCAGGACACCAAAAGUAGUGUGACCAUAGCACAAGCUGCACCUCCGCGACCUCCAAUGCUCGGUGGUAUGGGCGGUUUGCUUGCCGAAAUAGGACAAAAAAAGAAACAGAUGGAUGCAACAAGGAAGCCAAUGGAGGAGACGAGGGUGCCGGCACUCAAACUUGUGGAUACAAAAACAGCGAACACAGAAUCCGCCGACUCGCAAUCUGCAGAUCAGGAAGCACCGGUGUCACCAAAGCCCAAGCAUACCGAAAGCUCUGUUAAUUGCGAAGAUGCUGCACCUCCGCGGCGUCCGAUGCUCGGUGGAAUGGGGGGUAUGCUUGCCGAAAUUGGGCAGCGAAAGAAAAAGAUGGAUGAAACGAGAAAGCCAAUAGAGGAGAAGAGGGUGCCAACACUCAAACUUGUGGAUACGAAAACUGUGAAUCCAGAUUCCAUCGAUCCAACCUCCUCGAUGACAGCUUCAAAGCCCUCUGCUCCAAAACCUGCAGAAUCUUCAAAAUAUACUUCAAGAGUUACAGGUGAGGAGAAAUUAUCAGAGGAAUUCCUCAAAUCGAGACAAUCAACACUUGAUCUUCCACGGUCAGGAAAUACAGAGACUAUCCUUCGCGAAUUGUCAGCUACCGAAGAUUACCAUGAGAAAUUGGAGAAACACUUGAAACGAAAUGGUAUCCCUAUACCUGCAGACAUUCCAUACGAAGUGUGCAAGGACAAAAUCGCAUCCAUCACGAAACAGAUGCAGAAUCUACAAAACACCGAGCAAAACCCUUACCUGCUGGAAAAAAGAUACUUCGAACUCGAACAAGAGAUGAUGAAGUAUUCUACUGCAAUGAUGGUAACAGAUGAGUGGGCGCAGGAGCAACAGCGUCUGGAGCAGGAGUGGGAAGACUCAGUGAGGGCGGAUAAUAUCAACGCAUUAAAGCAGGUACGGAGUCACAUGCCAGUGAAUGUACGUUCCAUGACUGAAGAAGCGCUUGUCAGUGAACCUACCCCAAAUGGAAAGUUUCUUCCGCAAGCAUUUGCUAGGAAAUUUAAACGGACGAACGUACUUCAGCUCCUCAGGGUCAAUCCUUUGGACAUUGAAAAGAUGCACCCUUCGUACUUUGAAGGAAUGCGCACGACAGGGCUCACAGUAACAGAAAGAAGAGCAUUACACGAGCAUACGAAAGGAAUUGGAACAAAAUGGUUCAAGUUGAAAGCAGACAAAAACGUUGAGCGAAAAUGGCUCUGGUUCGAUGGCUUGAAGGCUAAAUUCAAGGAGGUGCAAACUGCCUAUGACUCGCACCAUGAUGAUCCACAAAAUAGACAUGUCAAAGCCGAUCGCAUUCUUGACUACACCGAAGAAGACUAUGGGUUUCCAACUGAGGCGUUAUAUGAGUCAUCCGGAAAGUUGGAGUCACAAGAAGCUCCAGUCGAAACAAAGCAACCGGCUCAAUCAAAGCCGAAGGCAAAAGCAGAUGAUAUAGAAAUGAUGGCAGCGAUCCGUUAUCGACUGGAACUGGAGGAUGCCGAGUCCGAGGCAGACAAGAAGUUGUUGCGAGAACUUUAUCAUGCCGAAAAAAGGACCAAGCUAUUGGAAAAAUCCCUGAAACAAGCUAGAAUUGAGAUACCCGAAGACGACAUUCCUUACGAAGAGGCGAAGGCGAAGGUGGCCGAAGUCACGGAGAAGAUCAAAGCUGUUGCUGAAAAGAUGAUGAGUACCUCAGACACAAGAGAAGCUGCAAUGCUUGAAAAGGAUUAUGAAAGCUUAUCGUCCGAGUUAACGCGUUACCAAAGUGCGAUGAUGGAGUCCAAAGAAUGGGCAGUGGAACAGCUGGAAAAAGAGCGCCAGUGGGAAGAGAGCGUCAGAGAGAGGAAUCAAAAUGCUUUGAAAAUGAUAAGGAGACACAUGCCAGUCAAAAUCCGCGAUAUGAGCGAAGAAGAUCUCGUAAAAAAGACUACCCCGAAUGGCAAGGUGCUGCCUCAACAAAUCGCACGCAAGUUUAAGCGCACAAAUAUUCUGUUGCUGCUUAGAAUGGACCCGUCAUCGAUUGAGCCAAUGCAUCCUUCGUCACUAGAGUCCAUGCGUACUACUGGGCUCACAUUGACUGAACGUCGUGCGCUUCACGAACAUUUACGGGAUCUGGGACCAAGAUGGAAGACACUUGCGAAUGAUAAAAUGGCAGAACGCAAGUGGAUGUGGCACGAGUCGUUGCGAUCAAAAUUCAAAGAGUUAGUUAACGCUUACGAUGCCCAUGUUGAAAAAUAUGGACCAGAGGGAAACCCCAAUAUGGGUAAUCGUUGCCCUGUAAACGCUGAUCGAGCCGUUGAUUAUUCUGGAGAUUACGGGUUUCCAGAAGAUGCCGAGUUCAAAGUCGAUUCUGUCGCAAAGUCCAAUUUGCUGACAAUGGAGGACAUAAAGAAGAGGAAACAAGAGGAGGAAGGUGAAGAGGAGGAAGAACCAGCAAAGCCUGGUGGUUUUUUGGCUGCUAUUGCGGGUCUUCGAAAGUAG